AUGAAACAGCCCGCACAUAACCCUAACUAUAAGCAACCUAAUGGUAAUCCCAGUGCUCCUUAUCCUAAGCAACAGUAUACCAAUAGUCAGACACAGAAUAAUGCUAAUAAUAAUAAGCCAGCUAACCCAAAUGCUGCCUAUCCUAAACAGCAGUACACUAAUAACCAGGCUCAAUAUCCAAAACAGCCAGCUCAUAAUCCCAAUUACAAACCGCCUAGCCCCAGUGCUGCCUACCCUAAGCAGACUUACACUGUGGUACAUAUCCGAAGCAACCUGGUCAAACUGUACCUAUUGUUCACCAUGGUCAAACUGGAC